UAUCUUGUCUGCAUUGCCAUCUAUCGACUGUUCUUGCAUCCGCUGCGCAAGUUUCCUGGCCCGAAACUUGCAGCUCUCACUCGAUGGUACGAGGCAUACUAUGAGAUUGCAAAGACGGGACAGUUCUCCUUCCACAUCGAGGAAUUACAUCGCCAGUAUGGACCCAUUGUUCGCAUCACGCCGGAUGAAAUCCACAUCAACGAUGCCGAAUGGAAUGACGCCCUCUACGCGAAAAGUCCCAAGCAGAACAAAUACGAAUGGAUGGCGGGCAGAUUCGGCAACAACAGUUCCGUGUUCACGACAGCAGAAGCGUCUCUGCAUCGCGUUCGAAGGGCCCCGUUGAAUCCCAUGUUUUCUCGCCGAUCCAUCAUGGCCUAUUCGCCGUUCGUCCAGAAAAAGAUCGAGCUCCUGUGUGAUCGACUCAAGGGAUACAAGGAAGCUGGGAAGCCAGUGAACAUGCGUCUCGCAUACUCUGCGCUCACGGGAGAUAUUAUCACCCAGUACUGCUUCGGAUUCUGCUACGACCAUCUGAAAUCUACGGGCUUUGAGGAAGCUUUUCAUGAAGCAUUCGGAGCCGUCGCCGCAUUCGGACACGUUGCGUUGCAAUUCCAAUGGAUGCAUUCGGUGCUCCGUCGCCUGCCGGACAGCUGGAACAUUGCCAUGAACCCAUCCCUUGCAAAACUUCUCCAGCUUCAGGCCGAUCUUCGAGUGGUCGUAGCACGCAUCAUUGGCGAGGUCGAACGCAAGAUGAAACCUCCUCAGCACACCACCAUCUUCCACUCCGUCCUCGAAUCCAACCUUCCAGACUCGCAGAAACAGCCCGUGAGACUUGGCGAAGAGGCACAAACCAUUCUCGCCGCAGGAACCGAAACCACCGCCUGGGCCCUCACCAACGUGACCUUCUACCUCCUCUCCGACGCCACCGCCCGCUCCAAACUCAAAGCCGAACUCCUCGCCGCCAUCCCCGACCUCAACGCCGAAGACGCCUUUGACUACCAAAAACUGGAGAGACUCCCCUAUCUCCGCGGCUGCAUUCGAGAAGGUAUCCGCCUCUCCGGCGUCGUCACCGCUCGCAACCCCCGUCAACUCCCCGAACCCCUCGAAUACCGCGGUUGGACCAUUCCCGCUCAAACUCCCAUCUCCAUGACCAUUUCCGACACACAUUUCAACGAAACCUAUUUCCCCGACCCGCUCACCUUUCGACCAGAGCGCUGGCUCGACAACGCACCAAGUCCACACAACCCCGAGAAGCCUUUGGAUAAGUAUUUUGUCGCAUUUGGACGCGGGCCGCGCAGUUGUUUGGGGAUUAAUUUGGCAUAUGUGGAAUUAUAUCUUACGCUCGCUGCGGUGUUUCGGAGGUUUGAAAUGGAAUUGUAUGAGACGGAUCGGUCGGAUGUGGCGAUUGUGCAUGAUUUUAUGUUGCCGUCGCCGAAGUUGGAUUCGAAGGGUAUACGGGUGAAUGUU